AUGAUAAAAUUGCAACUCAUAGUUGAAUACAAGAGUGAGGUGAAGACUGGAAACGGCUUGCGAAUCGAAGGUGUUCUCGGUUGCUGCGCAAGUGGAAAUGUACGUAACGCUUGCGUUUCCGACACCGAAAUGGGCAUUGGAGGAACAUGUCAGUGGAAGUUCUGCUCUCUAACAUCCAGGAGUACACUAUGUGUACAGUUCGAAAUUUCUGCACAGCAUGGAUCAGCGAUUCCCCAAGGUGCUCGAGGGAUGGUCCAGUUUGUGACACAAUAUCAACAUGCUGAUGGAAGAAAAAGAAUCCGGGUGACAACCACCUGCAGGUCUUGGGCGGACAUGGCAACCCAACAGCCGAAUAUUGCUUAUGGUUUUGACCAGGUGAGCACAGUUUUGUCGAGCGGGAAGACAACAUACAAAUUCAACGACGGUUACCGUACCUCUUCGCCUACGGAACAUUUUGCUAUCGAGUUCACUUUUAGGAGAAAUCUUUGGGCUUUGAUGACUAUUCUGUCUCACUAAAA